AUUACAAAUGAUCAGUCGACGUCAGACUGAUGAAACACACCUGUUGGCCUCCAUGUCUGCAGUGGUCCGGCUGCCAGAAUGAAGCGAAAGAGGAAUGCCCCGAGUGUGGCACAAGCUUCAGUGGGAGAAGGCUGGAGGAGGCGCCCAUCAGCAUCCCUAACCCCUUCACCAACGGCCACAAAACACCAUGUGCUUUCCUCAUCGCUCCAGCAGAGGAAAACACGCUCAGAGAAUAUAAUGGUGGAUCAGAUCUGCAUACUGGAAUUACUGACACAAAUGGAGUUGUGUAUAACUACACUAAAUCCGGCGUGCGGAGAGACCAUGAGGGCUGGGAACACUGCAUCAGCAUCAUGCUAGUUCAGCCGGACAUGUACAACCUCAUCAGUCAGUGGGAUCAGUACCUGGAGAAAUUCUCCUCAGCCCAGAUGUGGGAUCCAUUCUGCUUUAAUGAGGAGAACCACAAUUGCUACAGCUACACGCUGAUGUUUAUAAACUGUGUGUUGGCCAUGCAGUCCAAGCGAGCGCUCAGCAAAGAGGAGUUUACACAGACUUUCAUUUUGCCGCGCAUCAAAAGGGCAUCCAAGUACACCAUGCUGUGUCGGGAGAUUUCCCAGAACCACUUCUAUAUCAUGGACAGUCCAAAGAGAGACUCACAGGAAAAACAGAAUGAUGAAGCUGGGAAAAGCAAGUCUUAA